GCCAUUGGCCGCGCGGCCCGUGACGCGCAGGGGACGGGGCGGGGCGCCGGAGCGCGCGGCGGGGCGCUCAGAAGCAUGUUGCAGCCCCGGAGCGGCGGCAGCGGCCGGGAGAUCGCUCCGGCUGCUGCUGCAGGGAGGGCGCCCCGCCUCGCCUUCAUGCCUCCAGCCCGGCGCCGCAGCCGGCUGCCCUGAGCCGCCCCAGCCAUGGGCGAUGGCUGGCUCGCCCCAGAUUGCAACCCCCCCAACCGAUCCAGCUCCCCGCCGCCCGUCCCCCCCAGCAGCGCCUCCACCCUGCCCUACCCGCCGGGCAGCAGGGAGCUGCCCUCCCACCAGUGGGCGGUGGGCAUGCUGAUGGCCCUGAUGGUGCUGCUGAUCGUGGUGGGCAACGCGCUGGUGAUCGCGGCCAUCGGGCGCACGCAGCGGCUGCAGACCCUCACCAACCUCUUCAUCACCUCGCUGGCCUGCGCCGACCUGGUGAUGGGCUCGCUGGUGGUGCCCUUCGGGGCCACGCUGGUGGUACGGGGCCACUGGGUCUGGGGCUCUUUCCUGUGCGAGUGCUGGACCUCGCUGGACGUGCUGUGCGUGACGGCCAGCAUCGAGACCCUGUGCGUUAUUGCCAUCGACCGCUACCUGGCCAUCACCUCGCCUUUCCGCUACCAGAGCCUCAUGACCAAGGGCCGGGCCAAGGGCAUCAUCUGCACGGUCUGGGCCAUCUCUGCUUUGGUCUCCUUUCUGCCCAUCAUGAUGCAUUGGUGGCGGGAUGGAGAUCCCCAGGCUCUGGAGUGCUACCAGAACCCCAACUGCUGCGACUUUGUCACCAACAGGGCCUAUGCCAUCGCCUCCUCCAUUAUCUCCUUCUACAUCCCCCUGAUCAUCAUGAUCUUCGUGUACAUCCGAGUCUACCGGGAGGCCAAGGAGCAGAUGAGGAAGAUAGACAGGUGCGAGGGCAGGUUUUACUGCAGCCACCCCCAGCCUCCUGCCCCAGCCCAAUCCCAUCAGCCCAUCCUGGGCAAUGGCAGAACCAGCAGGAGAAGGACCUCCAGGAUCCUGGCCUUAAAGGAACAAAAAGCCCUCAAGACCUUAGGCAUCAUCAUGGGUGUCUUCACCCUCUGCUGGCUCCCUUUCUUCCUGGUCAACGUGGUCAAGGUCUUCAGCAGGGACCUGGUGCCAGACCAGCUCUUCGUCUUCUUCAACUGGCUGGGCUAUGCCAACUCGGCUUUCAACCCCAUCAUCUAUUGCCGCAGCCCUGACUUCCGCAAGGCCUUCAAGAGGCUGCUCUGCUGCCCCAGGAAAGCUGACCGGAGGCUGCACGCCAGCGCUGGGGAGCUCUCCCGGUACCCAGGGAGCUUCAUCAAUACUUUGGGCACCCCCGAGCGCAGCCUAGGAGGGACAUGGUCUGAUUGCAAUGGGGGCACACAGGGAGGCAGUGACUCCAGCCUGGAGGAGAGGAAUAGCAAAAUUUCCUAUUCAGAAUCCAAGAUGAACAGUAAAAAUGAAUUCCUUGUAUCAAAAAAUUACUGCACAUUUUUAAAAAAUGACAACGUAGCCAUUUUUUGCACAGUGUCAAGAAUUGUAAAGUGAAUUGAAGAUGUUACUUGCACAAAAAGUCGAAUUACAAAUAAAACGGGGAUUAAAUAACAUCAAACCCCAGAUCUAUUUCUGUUCUUGUCUGCUAUGUUACAAUUUUACUGAGAGUUACUUUUUAAAUAUUAUUUUAUCAAGGUACUGUAAAUGUAUCGAUAUUAUAAAUUAAAGUAUCUUAAGGGUCUUUUUAUUUUUAUUUUUUAUGUCCAGGUGCCCACGUGAAUCUGCUGUUAUUUUAGCACUUGUGUCUCAUUUCCAUUUUCCUCUUCUGUGUGUGUGUUUUAUAGUGUAUUUAUACUCUGGUGCAAUUUACUACUGUGUAAGUAAUCGGUCAAUGUGCAAUAAAUGUCGUUGCAUCACAA